GGACGGGACGAGGCAGUGAAUCAGCUGUUGGUGUUCUUGUUUUGUUAACGGAGUUUGAGUAGUACCUAUUUCUUUGUCUCUCCACGAUGUGUGCUUGUAUUGAGGAUUAUGAUAAGGUGCUAAGUUUCUGGGCUCCCCUGGAGGCAAAUCCCAAGCUUUAUGGAGAGAUUAUUCUUCAGCGCUUGUUUGAGACCAAACCAGAUAGCCAGAAGCUGUUCCCCAAGUUUGCUGCACUUUCUAAAGAGCAGCUGCAGAACAAUCCUGACCUCCAGGCCCAUGGGGGAAUUGUCAUCUGCAAGCUGACAGAAUUUCUGCAUUCGAAACUGCAACACCAGCAACUUAUGAAAGAUCUGGCAGAAAGUCAUGCCAAGCAGCACAAGAUCCCUCGGGUCAACUUUCAGAUCAUUGGUGAAGUAAUUGUCAUAGUGGCAGCAGAAAAGAUUGAUGGCUUUGGUCCUGAUGCUCAAACAGCAUUGAAGAAUGUGCUGAAGGAGUUUCAAACUGUCAUGGGAGCUUGCUAUAAUGAGCUAGGAGUUGAUCUGUGAUCAUGUUUUGUGUAGGCUGUGUUGAUUGGAUGCUUUUUGAGCUCCUGUAUGAAUAAAACUACUUCAAAAGUG